AUGGGAUACGGCAAACCGGAAGCACGGUUUCUCUCGCCACAAACAACUCAAUUUACAUUUUGGGCGGCGGAUUCCAGUAUUUUGACUUUGGACAGUUUUAUUCGUCGAUAUACGCUUUGCUACCUGUCGAUAGUGCAGUACAAAUUGAUCGUCCCCAGCGAGGAUCAGUUUGUAAACCCACCUAACACAAGUCGUCCGUCAAAGCUGCGUGUGAAAGUCAAGUCGCGUUGCGUCCAUGUUGCUUUGAGUAUACGAGAGAGAAGACUUCGAAUCUUUUUUUUGCUUUCUGCGGUAUCAACCAUUCGUGACUUUAUAGCAUUAACGACCAUUACUGAAACAAUGAAGCUGCAAGUUGUUUGUGACAAUAGUGCUCACAAACGCAAAGAACUUCGGCAAGACCGGUACAAAAGCAUCAUCCCUGCUUUUGCUCGUAACCAUGGUACAUCGGCAACGCGAGCUGUCGACCCGGUCACAGAUGAUCCCUGA